ACCAUUUAGCUCAAAAAUUAGCGAAAUGAGAUUUAGUAAUACUGUGAAAUUUUGGUCACCCUAUGUAGUCGCCAUUUUGUAGAACCGCCGCGUUCCCCCACUGCGCGUCAGUCGCCCGCCAACCGCUCGCUUGUGUAUGCGGUCCGCGUUCGAACGCUGAUGUUUUUAGUUCGCUAAAAUGCAGUUUGAAUAUGAUCCGGAGCGCCUUAUAGAAGAAGUGCGUAAGCGGCCCGGUAUUUGGGACUUCGAAGAUGUGAACUACCGCACCAAAGAAAUACGGCACAAGUUAUGGACGGAGGUAGUCGUCGAGUUACUGCAUAAUGUAAAGGUGACGAAGAGCGAGAUGCGAGAACUGGAAUUGCAACUACAGAAAAAGUGGAAAAGCAUCAGAGACUGUUUCAAUAAAUACAUACAAAACCCAAAUAGAACAAAGCGUCCGUACGUUUAUUGCAAACAUCUACAAUUCCUGCUUAACAAGAAUGAGUCAGGAGCGGGAGAUCAAGACGGGAGGGGUGGGGCAUCAAGCGAGUCUGAUGAUGGAAAGAGGCAGGUGUUUUGGUCUUCGAGAAAGAAAAAAAUGAAACUUGCCAAAGAAGAGGACCCGGUUUCUUCAGAUGAUGACAAUGAUAAUCUUCAGGAAGAUUCAACAUCGUUGCAUGAAGUAGAAAUUAAUAUACCACCGCCAGCUAAAGUACCAAGAAACAGCAAGCAACUGUUUGAUGAAUUUGCUUUUGCUAAUGUUGACCAGAAGAGUGAAGAGGAUACUGACAAAAUGUUUUUAUUGUCUCUACUGCCACAUUUAAAGUCGAUCCCUGAAGAAUUUCGUUUAAAUGUCAAAAUGGAAUUGAUGCAAGUCCUGCGACAGGCCAGCUAUAGCAUCGGUACUGAUCAUAAGAUAAUUUAGGCUAGCUUUGUGAUC